AUGUAUGUGGACGUUCUUCAAAGACUGGGCCUGGUGGGGCCAAAGCCAUUGGGUGCGGGGUCAUCUUCACGCCCUGUUCCUCCGGGCGUCAUCCCAUUCAAGUCUGGGGUCAUCUUUACCCAAAGAGCACGUAUCGAAGUGCCUGUUGGCAGAAUUAUUCCCGCCACCUUUGGCACGGACUUGGCUCUAGUGUUGAGCUUGUGCUCUCAUCGAGUCAACAGCGCUUUUUUGUUCACCAUCAAGAGCAGAAAGAAGAAGCUACAGCUGGGUGUGCAGUUCAUUCCAGGGAAGAUCAUAGUUUACGUCGGCCACAAGCACUCCGUAUAUUUUGAUUACAAUGUCCAUGAUGGUCAGUGGCACAAUCUGGCCAUUGACAUCCGAGGCCAGGUGGUUACCCUGUUUACCUCUUGUGGGAAGCAAAAAGUACACGCGGAUUUGCAUCUUAAAAAAGAUGAGGCGUUGGACCCAGAAGGGUCUUUCCUUUUAGGCAAACUCAAUCAACACUCGGUACAGUUUGAAGGCGCCCUUUGCCAGUUUGAUAUUUAUCCUUCCGCCAAGGCAGCUCAUAAUUACUGUAAGUACCUGAAAAAACAAUGCAGGCAAGCGGAUACUUACCGGCCGAUUCUUCCACCUCUUGUCCCACUUCUGCCCAAAGACGUAAGAACUUCUGAAAGGACUCCACCACAAUCAGACCUUUUCUUUCUGGGCCUGAAGAAUCUGACCACUGUGAUCCCCCCAUUAUCGCUCUUCAAGGCCACCACCCCUCAGAGGAACAGGAGAUUGGUUGCAGCAUCCGCCACCAUUGUGCCAGCUAAACCACCAACUCUGCCACCAGCUACCAAAGCUGCAAAGAAUAUUGUGGCCUCAUCUCUCGUCCUGCCAAACACUGAAGUUCAGCUGACUGCCCAAACCCUCCAUCGGACUACCACAGUAGGUCUUCAAGCUUUCACAGUAGCUCAUCGGACUACCACUGUAGCCCUUGGAGCAUUUCGUGCUACUUCCAAUGCAAGCUCGGAGAAGCCUCGUUUGCCCACCACCAAAAAUGUUCCUUCUGCCUUCCCCAGCUCAACUACAAGUUCCACUGCAGUCAUCGACAAGAAGGAGUUGGAAAAGAAGACCAAAAAGAUGAUCAACCAAAGCCACACCAUCAAGCCUUUUCCGAUGGCUAGCACUGCAAAGCCAGCGAUGAAGAAGGCUGAAAACUCAUCCAGGAGCCUCCUUCCGGUGACCAUAAAACCCAAGCUGGAGAACACAACCAAGGAUCCUAUACCAAAGAAGUUAUUAUCUUUGCCAGCACUGAAAAAAACAGAUUCUACCAUCAUUGCUGUUCCAUAUACCAAGCCGACUUUUGGAGCUUAUCCUGCCAUUAGAAUGAAUGUGCAAAGCAUCAACUUAACAACUAUGGCUGCCACAGAUGGGUAUCAGCUGUUUGAUCCCAUUGGGCCUACUCUCUUUCCAUUUGUUAUGGGGCUUCCGGGACCUAAAGGCGACCAAGGUCCUCCGGAAGCAGGCUGGGGGGUUGCGGGCGGCGGGGGGUUUGCCGUGGAGCCGCAAGCGGUGCCCCCCACCCUGCGCGCCAGGCUCUCCUCCUCCCCGCCCGCUGCCGCUGCUGUCGCCGUCUCCGUCGCCGCCUUUCUCGGCCUCUUUUGCACGCCAGCAGCAGCAGCGGCCGGCGGGCGUGGCCCCUUCUCAGGCGUUUUCCUCCUCCCCGCUCGGCCGCCGGCCAUCGCCGCCUUUCUCGGCCUCUCUUGUAUGUCGGCGGCAGCAGCGGCCAGCGGGCGGGUGGGAGUGGCCUCUUCUCCGCCUGCGGCCGCCCAGGUACCAACAUCCUGCUGGCCCACAGAUCGCUUGAGGCAGCCCCAACGCUGCCGGUGCCCGGCCUACCAGAGAGACAGUGCCAGCCCGUUCUAUCACCCUUCGAGCCUGCGGUCUUGCCAGGGGGGCGACAGUGUGGGGCCAGCCUUCAUUCUCCUCAUGGGCAACGUGUGGCCCAACCACCAUGCUGUCGGCUGCCCACAGCCUAUGCGCAUGGCCACCCUGCGACCCCGUGGGCACCGCUGUGCCAUCCGGGCAGUCAGCGGUGGAGCCAGCCUGGACGAUGCCCGCGCCUGCGAGGGGGCCAUUUUUCUCCAGGCAGUCCUGCCCUUAGCUGAUUGUGGGAUUCCAGGCCCUGCAGGUCUGCCUGGGUUACCUGGACCACCUGGCAAGAGAGGCCCACGGGGACCUCCUGGCCCUCAUGGGAAUCCUGGACGCCCUGGUCCACCUGGCCUUAAGGGCCAAAAAGGAGAUCCUGGAUUGUCCCUUGGGAAAGCACGGAAUGGUCCAAAGGGAGAUGUUGGAUUACCUGGACUGACUGGUCUUCCUGGACCACCUGGUAGAAAGGGGCAGAAAGGCUACCCGGGCCCACCAGGUCAUCCUGGAGACCAGGGUGAACGAGGACCCGAUGGGAACCCAGGUGCCAAAGGUUAUCCUGGCAGGCAGGGUUUACCUGGACCUAUAGGGGAGCCUGGUCCAAAAGGCAGUCGGGGGUACAUUGGCCCACCAGGAUUGUUUGGGUUGCCAGGUGCUGACGGAGAACGAGGGAUCCCCGGAGUUCCUGGGAAGAGGGGCAAGAUGGGUAGGCCGGGCUUCCCUGGUGAUUUUGGGGAACGAGGACCACCAGGCAUUGAUGGCAACCCAGGAGACGUGGGAGCUCUGGGCCCUCCUGGAGUUCAUGGACUCAUUGGUGAUAUGGGUGCUGUUGGACCAAUAGGCUUUCCAGGACCAAAAGGAUUAAAGGGGCUGAUGGGAAAUCCUGGAGAGCAUGGACUGAAAGGUGAUAAGGGUGAUCAGGGAGUGCCUGGUGUUCCAGGAGACGUCGGAUUCCAAGGUGAUAAGGGUAGUCAAGGUUUGCCCGGGAUGCCAGGUGCCCGAGGAAAGCCAGGCCCUCUUGGGAAGGUUGGUGACAAAGGUCCGGUUGGAAUUCCAGGACCACCUGGGCCUGAGGGCUUCCCAGGCGACAUUGGCCCACCAGGACAAAAUGGACCUGAAGGCAUUAAGGGGAAGCCUGGAGCACGGGGAUUACCUGGCCCUAGGGGACAAGUUGGCCAAGAGGGUGAUGAAGGGCCUGUAGGACCACCUGGAAUUCCAGGGCUGGAGGGUCCACUUGGCAGGAAGGGCUUUCCGGGAAAACCAGGUCCUGAUGGCUUAAAGGGUGAACCAGGGAAUCCAGGACGGCCAGGAAAAGUUGGUGAUCAGGGUCUGAUGGGCUUCAUUGGUCCAGUAGGGGAACUCGGAAUAGUUGGGGAGAAGGGAGAUCGGGGCACUGUUGGACCGCCAGGACCACCAGGCGUCAAGGGGUCGAUGGGACAUCCUGGGAUACCAGGAGGAGUUGGGCCCCCAGGACCUCCUGGGCCAUCAGGACCUUCUGGAGUUCGUGGUUCUCAAGGCGUGCGAGGCCCAAAAGGUCGUCGGGGUGCCCGAGGCCCGGAUGGUCCAGUAGGCGAGCUGGGGUCCCGAGGUGCCAAGGGCCAAACAGGGCACCCAGGCAAGCCAGGACCAGAUGGGCAGCAGGGAAAGACGGGAGAGACAGGAGAGAUGGGACCUCGUGGCUUCCCCGGUAUCCAAGGACAUUCUGGACCCCAAGGAGCAAAAGGACCUCCAGGAGACUCGGGGCCUCAGGGAGCUCGAGGUCCAGCUGGGCCUCUGGGAGAAAUUGGACAUAAGGGACCUCCUGGCUCUGCGGGGCAACGUGGCCUUCCAGGUGAACCAGGCAUGAAGGGUGAUAUUGGACCACUUGGGGUCCCUGGAGAACAAGGCCUCAUUGGUCAAAGGGGGGAGCCAGGCCUGGAAGGUGACAGUGGCCCACUUGGACCAGAUGGACUUAAGGGAGACAAAGGUGAACCAGGACCAGAAGGGGAAAAAGGAGAGAAAGGUCAAGAAGGCGUAAAAGGAAAAGAAGGCCCGCCUGGAUAUCCCGGAGUCUCAGGUGUCCGAGGACCAGAAGGAAAACCAGGCCGGCAAGGGGAAAAGGGCAAAACCGGCCCUAAGGGCAGCAAAGGCAGUCAGGGGCAACUUGGAGAAACUGGCCCACCUGGGAAAAUGGGACCCGUGGGGACUCAAGGCCCAAAAGGAUCCAGAGGUACCCUGGGAGCUAUGGGUGCCCCAGGCAGGAUGGGUGUCCAAGGGGAGCCUGGCUUAAAGGGCUAUCAGGGGCAUGCAGGCUCACCUGGGCCGAUCGGACCACCUGGAUCAAAAGGUGAAAAGGGAGAACAAGGCGAUGACGGGAAGACAGAGGGGCCUCCCGGUCCACCUGGAGACAGAGGCCCAGCUGGUGACAGAGGUGAUCGUGGGGAGCCGGGAGACCCUGGUUAUCCUGGCCAAGAAGGCCUGGAUGGAGAGAGAGGAAAGCCUGGACAGCAAGGGUUACCUGGACAUCCGGGACCAGCAGGCCGACCGGGGCCAAAAGGAUCCAAAGGCCAGCAGGGUCAGAAAGGAAAGCCAGGGCUGCGGGGCGCCUCAGGCAGCAGAGGCACACCGGGUCUUGUUGGGUUACCAGGUCCCCGAGGAGUGGUUGGAAGGCAAGGCCAAGAGGGUCCCCUUGGAGCUGAUGGGGUGCCUGGGAGAGAUGGUAGCGCUGGGCUAAAGGGAGAACAAGGCGAUGACGGGGAAGAAGGCACGCCAGGAAUGUCUGGGAAGAGAGGGACACCGGGUGUGCUUGGUCUCCCGGGAGCUCAGGGCCCCCCAGGAUUCAAGGGUGAAAGCGGAUUGCCUGGGCAGGCAGGCCUGUUGGGGAAGCGAGGGCCACCGGGUGGAACGGGCCUCCCCGGAAGCCCUGGGGAGCCCGGUCCAAAGGGGCAGCCGGGAGACUUUGGUGAAUCAGGAUUUCCAGGGAUUGCCGGACUGUUUGGGCCAAAGGGACCCCCUGGAGAUCUCGGGUUCAAGGGAAUUCAAGGCCCGAAAGGUCCUCAAGGACUCAUGGGGAAAGAAGGCGUUAUUGGACCGCUUGGAAUUCUGGGUCCAACAGGAAGCCCUGGCCCCAAAGGAGACAAAGGCAGCCGUGGAUGCCUUGGAUUGCAAGGUCCAAAGGGUCCCCCCGGUCCUCGAGGACCCCCUGGGCCUCCGGGUCUGCCUGGAAUCCCAGCUACAUUUCAACAAGAUAGCUUUGGUGCAGCUUUCCAAGCAACGAUGAACACCGGCACUGCGUUCAAGAUGGAGGGCUAUCAAUAUCCAGAUCUUCCAGUGCUGGACCAAGGAGGGGAGAUCUUUAAGACUCUGCACUACCUCAGCACCCUCAUCCAGAGCAUCAAGAGACCCCUUGGAACAAAGGACAACCCUGCCCGCAUCUGUCGAGACCUCAUGAACUGUGAACAGAAGAUGCAAGACGGCCCGUACUGGAUUGACCCAAAUCUUGGCUGUUCCUCAGAUAGCAUUCAAGUCACCUGUAACUUCACCCAAGGGGGACAGACCUGUGUCAGCCCCAUCACUGCCUCAAAGCUGGAUUUUGACAUUGGAAGAGUGCAAAUGAAUUUCCUUCACCUCCUGAGUUCUGAGGUUGUUCAGAACAUCACCGUCCACUGCCUCAACACUCCCGUCUGGCAGGAAGAACCCUCGGAGAAAGGGGUGCAGUUCAAGGCCUGGAACGGGCAGAUGUUUGAAGCGGGAGGGCAGCUGAGACCAGAGGUGGUGGCAAACAAUUGCAAGAUCCAAGAUGGACAGUGGCAUCAGACCCUUUUUAUAUUCCGGACGCAAGACCUCCACCAGCUACCGAUCACCAAUAUCUACAACCUUCCGCCAUCCGAGCCAGGGAAACAGUAUCUCCUCGAAGUUGGGCCUGUGUGUUUCCUCUAAACGGCGGCCUCUGCAGCGCUUCGAACUUUUUGACUUCUUUCAUUUUGGGGGUGCUGCACCUUUGAGCAGGGCUCAUUCCCCCACCGGCCCCUCUACAGGGCAGAGGCCUGGGCCUUCGGAGCUCGGACCACGAGGCUCAUGAAAAUCGUAACAAAGCCUCAGUCCGCCAGAGACUCCUGUUCUCCAGCGUGGGGAGGAAAGAGCAAUGGCCAUGAGAGAGGCGGGAUUCAAUCGAUGGCGCUUUAGGAAGCUGAAAAGGAGGCUGGUCAUCCUGAACUACACCCGAACUUUUUAUUUGUCCCCCUCAGCCAAAGAAAUGUUAGACAAGAUCUUUCAGAGAAAAAACGGAAUAGCCUGCUCAGUCUUCGUGUUACCAAAUGUGGCUUUCCAGGACCGUGACCUUAACAGGCAGGGCUUUGCGGAACUUCUUAACAGGCAGCAGGGCUUUGCAGAAUGAGUUAGGAAGGAGACUCGGAAAGAUGGAUUUGCAAACUGUUUUCAGCUGCUUGUUGUUCUGGAACAGGAAGCAUUUUGAUGUGCAAUAUUAUAGAAAGAGAGAGAGAGAGAAAAUAUAUUUUAUUUAAGGCAAAAAAUAAAAA